AUGUCUAGCACAGAAAUGAAGGUAACAGCCAUGUCUAGCACAGAAAACAAGGUAACAGCCAUGUCUAGCGCAGAAAUCAAGGUAACAGCCAUGUCUAGCACAGAAAACAAGGUAACAGCCAUGUCUAACACAGAAAACAAGGUAACAGCCAUGUCUAGUGCAGAAAACAAGGUAACAGCCAUGUCUAGCACAAAAAACAAGGUAACAGCCAUGUCUAGCGCAGAAAACAAGGUAACAGCCAUGUCUAGCACAGAAAUCAAGGUAACAGCCAUGUCUAGCACAGAAAACAAGGUAACAGCCAUGUCUAACACAGAAAACAAGGUAACAGCCAUGUCUAGUGCAGAAAACAAGGUAACAGCCAUGUCUAGUGCAGAAAACAAGGUAACAGCCAUGUCUAGCGCAGAAAUGAAGGUAACAGCCAUGUCUAGCACAGAAAACAAGGUAACAGCCAUGUCUAGCACAGAAAACAAGGUAACAGCCAUGUCUAGCACAGAAAACAAGGUAACAGCCAUGUCUAACACAGAAAACAAGGUAACAGCCAUGUCUAGUGCAGAAAACAAGGUAACAGCCAUGUCUAACACAGAAAACAAGGUAACAGCCAUGUCUAACACAGAAAACAAGGUAACAGCCAUGUCUAGCACAGAAAACAAGGUAACAGCCAUGUCUAACACAGAAAACAAGGUAACAGCCAUGUCUAGCACAGAAAACAAGGUAACAGCCAUGUCUAGCACAGAAAACAAGGUACAGGUGAAGACCCCCACCACAAUCACCCAUACCAAGCUAAAGGUGAAGACCCCCACCACGAUCACCCAUACCAAGGUACAGGUGAAGACCCCCACCAUGAUCACCCAUACCACGGUACAGGUGAAGACCCCCACCAUGAUCACCCAUACCAAGGUACAGGUGAAGACCCCCACCACGAUCACCCAUACCAAGGUACAGGUGAAGACCCCCACCACGAUCACCCAUACCAAGGUACAGGUGAAGACCCCCACCACGAUCACCCAUACUAAGGUACAGGUGAAGACCCCCACCACGAUCACCCAUACCAAGCUAAAGGUGAAGACCCCCACCACGAUCACCCAUACCAAGAUUCAGGCAUGUUUGUUUAAUUUGUGCAAAAGCUUCUACAUUGGUGUCCAGGACAACACACAGCUGAGGAUUGCCAACAGAUUACCAACACUCACCUCUGUUCUGUGUAACUCGUCACCAGAAUCGUCUCUCAUUCCACUAUAUAAUUCAAGCACUGUAUCUAAAAACUUCUACAUUGGUGUCCAGGACAACACACAGCUGAGGAUUGCCAACAGAUUACCAACACUCACCUCUGUUCUGGGUAACUCGUCACCAGAAUCGUCUCUCAUUCCACUAUAUAAUUCAAGCACUGUAUCUAAAAACUUCUACAUUGGUGUCCAGGACAACACACAGCUGAGGAUUGCCAACAGAUUACCAACACUCACCUCUGUUCUGUGUAACUCGUCACCAGAAUCGUCUCUCAUUCCACUAUAUAAUUCAAGCACUGUAUCUAAAAACUUCUACAUUGGUGUCCAGGACAACACACAGCUGAGGAUUGCCAACAGAUUACCAACACUCACCUCUGUUCUGUGUAACUCGUCACCAGAAUCGUCUCUCAUUCCACUAUAUAAUUCAAGCACUGUAUCUAAAAACUUCUACAUUGGUGUCCAGGACAACACACAGCUGAGGAUUGCCAACAGAUUACCAACACUCACCUCUGUUCUGUGUAACUCGUCACCAGAAUCGUCUCUCAUUCCACUAUAUAAUUCAAGCACUGUAUCUAAAAACUUCUACAUUGGUGUCCAGGACAACACACAGCUGAGGAUUGCCAACAGAUUACCAACACUCACCUCUGUUCUGUGUAACUCGUCACCAGAAUCGUCUCUCAUUCCACUAUAUAAUUCAAGCACUGUAUCUAAAAACUUCUACAUUGGUGUCCAGGACAACACACAGCUGAGGAUUGCCAACAGAUUACCAACACUCACCUCUGUUCUGUGUAACUCGUCACCAGAAUCGUCUCUCAUUCCACUAUAUAAUUCAAGCACUGUAUCUAAAAACUUCUACAUUGGUGUCCAGGACAACACACAGCUGAGGAUUGCCAACAGAUUACCAACACUCACCUCUGUUCUGUGUAACUCGUCACCAGAAUCGUCUCUCAUUCCACUAUAUAAUUCAAGCACUGUAUCUAAAAACUUCUACAUUGGUGUCCAGGACAACACACAGCUGAGGAUUGCCAACAGAUUACCAACACUCACCUCUGUUCUGUGUAACUCGUCACCAGAAUCGUCUCUCAUUCCACUAUAUAAUUCAAGCACUGUAUCUAAAAACUUCUACAUUGGUGUCCAGGACAACACACAGCUGAGGAUUGCCAACAGAUUACCAACACUCACCUCUGUUCUGUGUAACUCGUCACCAGAAUCGUCUCUCAUUCCACUAUAUAAUUCAAGCACUGUAUCUAAAAACUUCUACAUUGGUGUCCAGGACAACACACAGCUGAGGAUUGCCAACAGAUUACCAACACUCACCUCUGUUCUGUGUAACUCGUCACCAGAAUCGUCUCUCAUUCCACUAUAUAAUUCAAGCACUGUAUCUAAAAACUUCUACAUUGGUGUCCAGGACAACACACAGCUGAGGAUUGCCAACAGAUUACCAACACUCACCUCUGUUCUGUGUAACUCGUCACCAGAAUCGUCUCUCAUUCCACUAUAUAAUUCAAGCACUGUAUCUAAAAACUUCUACAUUGGUGUCCAGGACAACACACAGCUGAGGAUUGCCAACAGAUUACCAACACUCACCUCUGUUCUGUGUAACUCGUCACCAGAAUCGUCUCUCAUUCCACUAUAUAAUUCAAGCACUGUAUCUAAAAACUUCUACAUUGGUGUCCAGGACAACACACAGCUGAGGAUUGCCAACAGAUUACCAACACUCACCUCUGUUCUGUGUAACUCGUCACCAGAAUCGUCUCUCAUUCCACUAUAUAAUUCAAGCACUGUAUCUAAAAACUUCUACAUUGGUGUCCAGGACAACACACAGCUGAGGAUUGCCAACAGAUUACCAACACUCACCUCUGUUCUGUGUAACUCGUCACCAGAAUCGUCUCUCAUUCCACUAUAUAAUUCAAGCACUGUAUCUAAAAACUUCUACAUUGGUGUCCAGGACAACACACAGCUGAGGAUUGCCAACAGAUUACCAACACUCACCUCUGUUCUGUGUAACUCGUCACCAGAAUCGUCUCUCAUUCCACUAUAUAAUUCAAGCACUGUAUCUAAAAACUUCUACAUUGGUGUCCAGGACAACACACAGCUGAGGAUUGCCAACAGAUUACCAACACUCACCUCUGUUCUGUGUAACUCGUCACCAGAAUCCAUGGAAGACCAUGCCACUGUUUGUGGGUUAGACGACUCUCUGUGUAACUCUGUGCCGGCCGUCAGUCCGUGA